UUGGGAGAGAGAAACUUUCCUACCCUCCGCUUCCGAUCAUCAAUCUCACAUGAAAAUUUUGAACUGGGAGAGAGAGACUCACUCUCAUCAAUAGAUUCAGUACGCACACUGCCAGCAAUUCUUAAUACUUAAAGAUUUUAGUCGUUGAUUUCAUCUUAACAGUGUGAGAUUUGAGUUCAACUUCUAUAAUUCCUCGCAUUGCUGCUCUUUCAGACGCUUUUCACUCCCGAUUUGUUUCAUUCAUCUAACUCUCUGUGCUCGAGUAGGCACAGUACAGGCGCAUUUCUUCUUCUUCGUCUUCAUUCAGAGUCGUUUGGGUUGGAGCCUAUGUCACCGGCCAAAUCCUCCUCCGUUGUGUCCGAAUUGGCGGUGGCUCCACCGGCCGGUCCCUUUUCCGGUCUUGUUAUAUGCGUUACCGGACUAUCCAAAGUGGUAAGGGAACAAAUCAAGGAUGCAACUGAGAGAUUGGGCGGCCGGUACACUCCCAAUUUGCAUCCCAAAUGUACACACUUGGUAGUUCAGAGCUUACAUGGACGUAAGUUUGAGCAUGCUUUGAAGCAUGGAUUGAGAAAUGGUCUCUUUGUUGUCACAGUGGGAUGGUUUACAGAUAGUGUCAGAAGAAAGGCCAGGUUGAGUGAAUCACUUUACAGUAUUAAAAACAUUGGAGAAAAUAGUGUGCCUAUGGAUGGUCUAAACCAGCCCUCUAAGCUUACUGGUUAUGAGACUUCUUGUCUUCCAGUUGCAAUGCACGAACAUGCCAGGCAAUCCAACAUGGUAAUGCGAUUUCCAGGGGAGUACAAAAGAAGGGCGGAGUCAACUCUGUCUGGUCACUCCUUAUAUAUUGAUUUGGACAUUUCCCCUGAAUUGCAGCACAAGUUAUGGCAGGUAGUCAAGGCAGCUGCUUCAGAAGGUGCUUUGUUUGUGGAUAAUUGGUUUAUUGGUUGCAAUGCAAGCCAUGUAGUGUGUGAAGCACCUUCUGCACGAAAAUAUAUGGGUCAUGCUAAUAAUCUUGUUACGCCACUCUGGGUUCUAAAAACUUCAAAAGAAAAAUGUAUGCAGAGGCUAGUUCACAUGUCUGUUGAUAUGGCUCAGCAGGUUGGGAUGAGGCUAGACGAUGCUCAAAAUGGAACAUAUGGAGAAGAAAUUAAUGAAGACGACCUUACUCAAGAUGCUUCAACUUCCAUGAGUAAAGCAAGCCUUGAAGAAAGAGAGGAGAUUGUGAAUCUGGCCAAAAAUGGGAUUCGAAAGCGGCGGCGGAGGUGUAUGCAGGCAUGUCAAACCCCAUUACGUCCAAUAACCCCAAGCAGCCUACUUGAUUCAAUCUGCUGGACAGUGUCUGAGCCAAUAUCAACUGCUUCUAUUUACACAGACUCUUCAAGUGUUGAGAAUGCCAAUGAACAUUGUGGACAUGCAUAUUUUGGUGCAAAGGGGGAUGGCAAUGAAAUGGAAUCUUCAUUCAUAAACUUUUCUAGGCCACUUACAGACAGCAGUGAGAAAACUGAGUUGAUAUUCAAAUAUCACUUCCUUACCAUAUUGUUCCCAGUUGAUCGAUUUGGUGAGGUGGGCCCUUCUUCAAGGACAUUUUUCAGCGAUAAGGGCUUUACUUGUUUGCAGGUGCUGGAUAAUAUCUAUACAUUUUAUCAGGAGAACAUGUCAGCUCAAGAAGUAGAGGUGGCAAUUCAUAUCGACUCAAGGCAGGCUGACCAGCUUCGAUCAGUGUACUCCAGCAAAGAAACCGCAGAACAAGGUUGUGUGGCGUUCAAGCGCAUUCAUUUGUUAGGGAAUCGUAUAUAUUUUGAAAUGUUGAAACGAGUUAACGGGGAUAACAACAGUAAUGUCUAUGAGCUGUUGAUUAGAGCAUGAGAUUUGAAAUUGGUGAUCCAUUUGACAAUGGUGCCAAAGAAUUGAAUAACACAUGGUUGACCUUACUGGA